CCCUCCCCUAAUGUAAUGUACUAAUAGGCCGCAAGUACUAUUUUUUGAUUAACAACCAACCAGAAAUAAAUCCUUGUCAUCUCCAAAUUGCCAAAUUAUGCAUUAUUAUUAUUAUUAUAUCUUGUUGAUUUCUACAGUACCUUUUUGCAAUGCAACAAGACUAGUAAGUAUUAUUCACCUUUUUGUUUUGUUUCAUGUCAUCUUUCACAGAGAGGCUAUGACCCGCAGUGGUUGUCAAUCACAUUCUCAAAGGCUAUAUUCCUCGGAAAUGGUCUCAUCGCCAUUAUAGCCGGGCUGUUUGCAAACCUGCUUGCUGACAACCUGGGCUUUGGUCCUGUGGCUCCUUUCGAUGCCGCCGCGUGCUUCCUGGCAAUAGGCAUGGCUAUCAUCAUGUCCUCCUGGAGUGAAAACUACGGAGAUCAAUCUGAAGGCAAGGAUCUCAUGUCUCAGUUCAAGGUUGCCGCCAAGGCAAUCGCUUCAGAUGAGAAAAUCGCAUUCAGUCGCUGUUCGAGGGCUCCAUGUACACCUUUGUCUUCCUCUGGACUCCAGCCUUGAGCCCAAAUGAUGAAGACAUUCCUCAUGGCUUCAUAUUUGCUACCUUCAUGCUGUCGUCUAUGCUGGGUAGCUCCAUUGCAUCACGCCUGUUGGCCCGCAAGAUGAAGGUCGAAGGCUAUAUGCAGAUCGUGUUUGCAGUAUCAGCCUUCACCCUUCUCCUCCCGGUUGCCACCAGCCUUCUGGUGCCGACGUCUUCAGUGAAAGGAAGCGGCAUCUCGUUUGGGGGCUCUCUACAGCUGCUUGGUUUCUGUACCUUUGAGUCGUGCGUCGGCAUUUUCUGGCCAUCCAUCAUGAAGAUGAGAUCUCAGUACAUUCCUGAGGAGGCGAGGAGCACCAUCAUGAACUUCUUCCGCAUACCGCUCAACCUGUUUGUCUGUGUGGUGCUCUACAAUGUGAAUGCUUUCCCUAUCACCGUCAUGUUUGGCAUGUGUUCCAUCUUCCUCUUGAUGGUGGCAAUCUUGCAGAGACGGCUCAUGCUUGUCGCUGACCUACACAAGCUAUCCACAAAAUCACAAGAGAUGACUGCGCAAGACGAGCCUCUAAAUCCUUGAAAGGCCAACCUGGGUGCUGAAUAAGAUGGAAUUGGGGAAAGCAAAAGAUGUUUUGAUUGUAAUAUUUCUUUUUUCUGUAGCCUAGAUCACAUGGAUCGAUAUUAUUAUUGGAUGGAUGGAUACACCAAAGCAAGAAUUCAGAGGCUGCUGAGUGAAUUGGUAUAGUCUAUUAUUAUGAUUCCUGCUCUUGUUGUUCAUCGGGACGGCAUUAUUUGUGUUGAAUACGCUACGAGUA